AUGAGUGGUCUAAUAGCGAAAAAAGCAUUUAAAAUAAUAACUCUAAAUGGAAUAGAACGUAGCGAUGUCUACUCUAGUAAAAAAGAUCUGUUGUCUUGGUGCCGGUUACGUGGUCCAACGUGUGCGGUCAUUGCUUACAAGUGCCCUCACAUCAAAGUUACUAUCGUUGACCUAAACGAAAUUCGCAUUGCCGCCUGGAAUUCUAAUAACCUUCCGAUAUACGAACCUGGACUUGAUGAAAUUGUUUUUGCUUGUCGAGGAAGAAAUUUAUUCUUUACAACAGAAGUUGAACAAGCUGUCAUAGAAGCAGAUCUCAUAUUUGUAUCUGUGAAUACACCAACAAAGAAGGUCGGUAUGGGUGCAGGAUAUGCUGCUGACUUAGCAUAUGUCGAAUCUGCUACUCGCCAAAUUGCCGAAGUUGCAAGAAGUUCAAAGAUUGUCGUUGAAAAAUCUACUGUACCGUGCCGUACUGCUGAAAGCAUGCGAACAAUAUUGGAGGCAAAUUCUCGUGAUGAUAUCCGAUUUGAUAUUUUAUCAAAUCCCGAAUUUCUUGCCGAAGGAACUGCUAUCAAUGAUCUACUACAUCCGGAUCGUGUGUUAAUAGGCGGUUUACAAACACCCGAGGGUCGACGAGCCCAAGAGGCCUUGGUCGAAAUAUACGCGCAAUGGGUCCCCACAGAUAAGAUUAUCACCACCAACCUAUGGUCAUCCGAGCUUUCAAAGUUGGCUGCUAAUGCUUUGUUAGCUCAACGUAUUUCAUCGAUCAACGCUUUGUCGGCUAUCUGUGAGGCAACAGGUGCGGACAUUGAUGAAGUAGCUUAUGCUUGCGGACGAGAUUCACGUAUUGGACCGAAAUUUUUGAAAGCAUCAGUUGGAUUUGGUGGCAGUUGUUUUCAAAAGGACAUUUUAAACUUGGUUUACUUAUCGGAGCAACUUAAUUUACCCGAAGUAGCCGCAUAUUGGAAACAAGUGGUUGAUCUGAAUGAAUACCAGAAGAAGCGUUUUGUCUCUUGCAUAAUUAAAACCCUGUUCAAUACCAUUACAAAUAAAAGAAUUGCGGUAUUAGGGUUUGCUUUUAAGAAAGAUACCGGUGAUACCCGCGAAUCAGCUGCGAUCACUUUGUGCAAAGAUUUUAUUCAGGAGAACGCGCAAGUUCGUAUUUAUGAUCCAAAGGUCACAGAUGAACAAAUCUUUUUGGAUUUGAGCGAACCAGGCGUCUUGGAUAAUACAAAAUCAUUGAAAAAACGUGUUACUAUAGCUCGAUCUGCCUAUGAGGCUUCCGAAAAUGCUGAUGCAAUAGUUAUUGCCACCGAAUGGGAUGAAUUCAAGGUGUUGGACUAUGAAAAGAUUUACGAGAAAAUGCAUAAACCCGCGUUCAUUUUUGAUGGGCGUCUUAUUAUUGAUGCCGAAAGAUUGAGAUCCAUAGGAUUUCGUGUACACACCAUUGGCAAAGCAUCCAUCUAA